ACGAUUCGUCAACGCCUUCAAUAAGUUGGAAAGUCGAUCAAGGUGUUAUAUAAUAUUGUCUGUGAUGUGCCCAACGUCGGUGUGACGUGCGAGUGCGCGGGCGGAGUAUGUAGCGGAGAUGGCGACGGGUUCGCAGCCCGAGGAGAGGACUGCCCUGCGGCAGUACUACGACGACCACGGUCUGCUCUUGUCUACAGAAUGGAUCCUCAAAAUAUUGGCAAUUGUGGGUUGCCUGGUGUCGGGCGCGUGGCUGCUGGGCGGGGGCGGGUGCUCGGGGGCGGGGGCGGGGGCGGGGGCGGGCGCGUGGGCGCGGGCGGGCGCGGGGGCGGUGCUCGUGUGCGCGGGGGGCGCCGCGCUGGUGCUGGCCGCGGUGGCCGCCCGCCUGCCGCCGCGCGCGCCUCUGGCCUGGCUCGUUAUAGACAUAACGACGUUGACGGUGAUGGGCGCGCUGCUGCUGCUGACCGUAGCUGCGGCCGCGGCGCUGUGCGACGCCCGCGCCGUCUCCGACUACUUACUGACGGUGAGAGAUUGCUGACUGCGCUGACU